CAGCGCGGCUGCCACGGGCGCAGAUGCACUGCGCCACCCAACCUGCCGUAGGGGCUGCCCCCUGUUGCGAUGCCCCUGCGUGUGGCGGAGGUGGCCCCAGGCCCGCGUGCCUCCCGAGAGCAGCCUGAAGCCUCUGAACAGCUGAGAGGCACGCCUGGGGCCGCCUCAGCCGCGCCUCUCAGUGGGCACAUCGGUGCCCUGGCGCCCCGUGCCACCGGACCUGGGCCUAGAGACGGCCCUGGUCACAGAAGUUCCCAAUGUCCUGGAGAGAAGGGGUUCAUAGGCUUUUUCCUUCACAGGAAAUUUCAAGUGAAAGGGGCCAUGUGUGAUCUUCACCAGCAGGACACAGCUGAUUUCUCACAGUAAGCAUAAGGUUGUCGCGGGGGAAGGUCACUCUGAUUCUGCAUUAUGCCACAUCUCUGCACCCUAACAGCCAUUUUGCAUUAUGCCACACACACACACCUGUUUUGUGGCUGGAGCCUCCAGCCCCCUCUCAAAAAACAAAAUAUGCCUACUGAUUCAAAAAGGCUGGUGACCCCUGCACUAGAGCAAGAGGUUUAAGCUGAGGAGAAGCCAGGAACAACCCCCUCAAAAAAAACCCGUAGCCCUCUUCAGGCAUUUAAAGUUUGAGCAUGCAAAGGGGCAAGCAGAAACUUGUGCAACACUCCCUAGCCAAGGUGUGAUCCACAUUAGUCUAGAGGGAACUGUGCUAUUCCUGUGCAGCAUUUCCAAAAUGGGGUGGGGGUGGGGGGACCCUGGAGACUCAAAUAGGGAUCCUGACCACAGGCAGAACAUGUUUAGGUAAUGUGCUUAGAUGCAGCCUACAGAUCUUCCUGCUUUCCCAUGCUCCUUAAUUGCCCGGACAAGGCUAUUAUUUUGUGGUAAUCCUUGCAAUGGAUAUUGUGAUCCUUAUAACAGUAUGACAGGGAGGCAUUACAAUCCCUCCGGACAUCAUGCCUUUAUUAUGCGACUGCUCUGGGCCUGAAGAAUCACUUCAGGUGCAGGGAAAGCAACCAAAACAAAACCCAUAACAAUUAAAAUGUAGCUUUGAGCAUGUAAGAACUUCCUGACAGUAAGAGCUGUUCGGCAGUGGAAUGUGCCGAAGGAGUGUGGUGGAGUCUCCUUCUUUGGAGGUCUUUAAGCAGAGGCUUGAUAGGCAUAUGUCAAGAAUGCUUUGAUGGUGUUUCCUGCUUGGCAGGGGGUUGGACUGGAUGACCCUUGUGGUCUCUUCCAACUCUAUGAUUCUAUGUACAGAGUGUUUCCCCCUCAGGUAAAUGAGUGGGUUGGGAAUGCAUGGUUUCUGGAUCUUAAGGUGGCAGUAAGUUGUAGCCCAUGGAUUGAGAAAGCGCAUCCCUUUAGAUGUUGUUGGACUCCAGCUCUCAACAGCUCCAGGACAUGUGGCCAAUAGCCAGUGAUGAUGGGAGUUAUAUUGUGACCUUCUCUGGCUGGCCACAGGUUUCCUACCUGCUUCUGCCCCUCCCUUCUUGCUUUUUUUUUUAAUCCUUCACUCCCCAUCAAGUUCAAGGCAGCUGCGCAUUAUUCCACCUUGUUUUGUCCUUGCAACACCCCUGCAAGGUAGAUUAUUAUCCUGAGAAACAGGGAGGGUCUGAGGUUUCUAGCCGAGUGGGGAUUUUGAACCUGCCUCUCCCCAUUCCUAGGUCAGACUUUUAACACUACACUAUUCAGCUAUCAGGGUGUAGAAGGGGAAGCUGUGCUUAGACCCUCACCGAACCAUAGGACCCUCACCGAACCUAAGGUCGCCUACUGCUUAACCUACCCCCCCCCCCGCCCUUGCGAGGAGCACAUGCAUGCUGGGUGGUGCGGGCGCACAUGCACUGAAAUCCCUGCACCCUUGAGAGGCCUUUGUGUGAGCGAGCGUGUUUUAAAUAGCUUCAUCUGGUUUCCUCAUUGAGGGAGGGUGUUAGUCAUGCCGGGAGGGGGAAAUGACUCAAGAACGCCUUUCAUCUCCUCGCUGCGGGGGAGAAGCCGUGGGCGGCGCUUACUCAAUGGGCCAGGGCCGGAGCUGAAUUCAUUUUUGUCAAGCCGGCCCUGAAUGGAGGCGGGGGAGCCGGGGCGACGGAGGGCCGCCGGUGCCCCAGAGUGAUGAAUGGGGUGCUUUGGGAAGCGGCUAGGCCGGGACAGACUGGCAGAUCAGCAAACCCGGUCGGCGGGCGUUUCAGGUGCGCCCAGUUCGCCGUCGGAGGCUCUGCGCAGGAGAGCCAAGCAGGAGACCGGCCGGCCUAGGGGCGGCCCCAGGAGGCGGGCGCUCAGCUGGGGCUGGAGCUGACUCAGAUGAUGCGGACUGGGGAAGCCCAGGCAGGCGUUGCCCCGAGCGAGGCGCGAGCUGGCACCGCCGCGAGCUGGCACCUUGGGGACGCUCCGUCGUCGGAUCCUCCUCGCCAAAUUCCCCCCGAGUGUGUUCGUUCAGUGUUCCCUUCCUCCUGGUCCUUUAAAGAGGUAACCCGGGGUGAACCGCGUUCACGCCUGAGAAUCAACACCACGACCACACGUCUCCCCGGGCCAUCAGCCCGUCUCUGGAGCGUGCGGUGGCUGUCUGUGAGAAGCCGUCAACUCGUGCUUCCUAUGUGGCUCCCAGUUCGAAUCCGCCAAGAAGUGCUGGUUCUCGCUAUUCGGCCUUCGCCCAUGUAAAAAUAAUAAUGAAAAUCGUGCCACCUCCUCGCCUCCUCAACACUCCCUCCCUCUCACGGUGACUGUGACACAUCCCAGGGGUGCGCGUGUGUCUCCCCACAGGAUCUUGUGCUCCGCCUACUCGGAGCAUGUGCAGAGUAGCCCCCUUCUCUCUGAUGGGCUGCCUGCCUCACAGGCGUUCUCCCUCUUGCCAGACGAAGCUCACCGUUGCCUGGUUCAGGUUUGGUGUAGAGACUGUGUGUGUGAGAGAGAGUCUCCACGCCUCCCUCUCUGUGCAUAAGCUUCAAUUCUAUAUACUGUAUCCCUACUUGGGAGAAAGCCCCAUUUGACACAGCGCGUCUUGCUUCCGAGUAAACCUGCCUUGGACCAUCUGGCUGCAAAACACGAAUUUGCUGCUUUUCAUUCAUUCCUGGAGUCGCCUUACCCCGGCGGCAUCCCUCCUUUCGCUCACCUGCUACGCGUAAACAAAGCACCACAGAAAAGAAAGGGCACUUCCCCUCCUUUUUAUUUUGGGGUACCGUUGCUGUUGGGGUGCAAAAAGGAGAGCCGGGCAACGGCUGAUCGAAGGAGUCCUUUUUUCCGUAGCGAAAGCCGCUGCCGGACCACAAGAAACAAAUGUGUAGUGAAUAGGGCGAAGGAGGAGGAGAAAACUGGAAGGGACGCGCGCGAGAGGAAAGUGGGUGGUGCUGCCUGAACAACUUCCCUUGACAUCACUGCCCAAAUAAGGAGCUUUAAAAUAACCCUUUUCUGCCGAGGCUCGCCGGAGGGAAAUUUCUCUCUCCCCCCCCCCCCCCGCCGGCGUCUCAGGGUUCCUCACUUAGCGGGAGAGCAGGCAUGGGCAAGAAGGCGGCUGCAAGGAGAGGGGAUCCGACGACAGUGGCAGAAGCAGCAGCAAAGUCUCGGCUGAAUCAAGCCCUUCAGAAAUAAAAAGAUAAAAUAAAUAAAGGAAAAAGCAAACACCGUUCGAGCUGCAGAAAUCAAAUUCGUUAAACGAUGAGCCUGGGGACGUUACAAUGACGCCGCUAUCUACGAUGCUUCACGGUUUGAAGGAUUGUGAUCGGCCCGAUUCCCGAGGUCUCUGAACGGCAAAGUGGUAGAAGAGGAAAGCAAAGAAGGAAUCGGUGCGCCAGGGCACACAUGCAGAGAGAAACAGAGGACUGCCGAGUGCUGUUUUUCCAAGCCAAGGAGAAAGAUGGCUGCGAGAUGAGCAUGGGAGCCUCACGUUUACCAAGAGAGUGACACUUUGAAAUCUCGAGUCAACAACUGUUUUCUCUGGCCGCCACCUUUGGCAGCCCCACAGCAAAUGCCGGAGAGCUAACACAGAGGAGGCCUUCCUUCAUUAUCCAUGAAGCCUGCCGACACCUUCCCGAAAUAGAUUCCUUGGACCGUCUCCCCCCUCCUUGCCUUUCCCUUCCCAAGGUCAUGGAUCCUGAACAAAGCCAGAGGAGCACAAAGAAGGGCGAGGAAGGGUCGAGGAGGAGGCUCGUCAAAGGACAGGCUUUCCAAAGCAGUGUUUCGUCCGCCGCUACCUAUCCGGGGAGCUCGGCUCCUUUGCAAGGCUCUCCCCUCCGGGACGUUGCAGCGCAGCAGCCUUUUUCGAGGGAGGAGGCCCAGGAGAAGACAGGGUCAGCCCAGCUCAAACACCCCUCUUUUGAACACCCUCCCCACAUCUCCCAGCUUCAGCAGCAGCACCCCCUGUCACCAGCGUUCAUGCCUCCCCGGAAGCAGGAACAUGUCCUUGAAGGCCCUACGACAUGGCAGCUAGUCGACCCAGCCAGGGCAGGUCCCUCCAGUUCAUUUCCUUCCUCUGGGCUUCACCCUGGCCAGCUCUUGCCGUCCCGUCCUCCUGUCGUCCCCGAAGAGGACAUGCCCUCCGUUCCAAAGGUCUACACUCCCCGCGCUUCACAAGCUUCCUUGAAAUCCUCGGAAGAAGGCCACAAGAAAGAGAAGAAACCCCAGAAACCCGGCAAAUACAUUUGCCAGUACUGUAGCCGGCCUUGCGCCAAGCCCAGCGUCCUUCAGAAACACAUCCGUUCGCACACAGGGGAGCGGCCCUAUCCCUGCGUCCCCUGCGGCUUUUCCUUCAAAACCAAGAGCAAUCUGUAUAAACACCGGAAGUCUCACGCUCACCGGAUCAAAGCCGGUCUCGCCUCGGGGACCGGGACCGAGCUGUACCCUUCUGGUUUGGAAAUGGAGAAGAUGGCUGGAGAGGAAUUUGAAGAGCCCACCGAGGGUGAAAGCACCGACUCGGAGGAGGAGACCAGGAGCGCACCGAGCCAUUUGGCAGAAUUUUCGCCCCGGAGUAAGCAAACCAUGUUGUACGGGUCAGGAAGCCAAAGCUCUAGCCUAGAGAGCUGCUCGUUUUCUCACUCCAGCCUGUCUCAGUCUCUCGAAGAAAGCAGCCCGUUUGUGGAGCCGGCUUCGGAGCAUGCCCAAAGUCAUAAAUCGGAGGAAACGCAUACUAUCAAGCAGAAGCUCGCUCUCCGAUUGAGUGAAAGAAAGAAGGUGAUUGAGGAACAGGCUUUCCUUAGCCCUGGCAGCAAAGGGAGCACAGAAUCUGGCUAUUUCUCCAGGUCAGAGAGCGCCGAGCAGCAAAUCAGCCCACCAAACACCAACGCCAAGUCUUAUGCAGAGAUUAUUUUUGGCAAAUGCGGGAGAAUUGGCCAACGGACUUCCAUGUUAGCGACAGCCACUGCCCAGGAAUUUCCCCAGGUAUCGGCCGAGGAGAAACUCAGCACAGUUCCUUUGUCUGUGCCCAGAACGCAGGUUAUUGAACAUAUCACCAAACUAAUCACUAUUAACGAAGCCGUUGUUGACACCAGCGAGAUAGAUAGCGUCAAGCCCAGGAGAAGUUCAUUGUCCAGACGCAGCAGCAUUGAAUCGCCAAAGUCCGGCACAUACAGAGAGCCCUUUGCGUUAGAAAUCAAACCCGGCUCUGGUAGCCAGCUUGAUUCAUCCAAGUCAUUGAUGCCCCACAUGGAAAAAAUGAAGCCUGAACAAUCAUUGCUAUCACUCCAGCAUUCCCACAGUGCCACAGAGACAGUGCCUCUCCUACGAAGCCACUCUAUGCCUUCGGCUGCGUGUACCAUCAGCUCUUCCCAUACCUUUAGAGGUAGCUAUUCUUUCGAUGACCACAUCACCGAAUCGGAGGUCCAAAGCCGCGGCCAGGUGUCUUCCCACCCACGCAUGCUAAAACGGCAGCCCGCCAUCGAACUUCCGUUGGGGAUGGAGUAUGGUUCGGAGGACAUGGGCGCGGCGAGCAAAGAAAGCACUUCCAAACCUCCUGAGGAACAAGAAACCAAGGAGAGCGAGCUCACCAAAAAGUCGAGGAAGGGCGCAAAAACAAAAGGGUUCAUGUAUGAGUGCAACGUUUGCGGCGCUCGGUACAAGAAACGGGAUAAUUACGAAGCCCACAAGAAGUAUUACUGUUCGGAACUGCAGGUCUCCAAGCCCCGAUCUUCCGGUUCUCAUUUUUCGUUGGAAGCCGAGAAGGGUUCCGUAGAAUCUGAUCCUUGGCCGCAGAUGAUGCAUUAUAAGCUGGGGACGAGUUUAGAACUAACUCCGCUGAGGAAAAGGCGUAAGGAAAAGAGCCUCGGUGAUGAUGAGGACCCCCCGGCUUUUGAGUUGACCAAUCCAUCUUCCUGUAGCUCUGGGGCAGCCGCUCAGUUUACUAGCUUGAAACCCACUGAUGUGGCCUUGAACCUGACGUCCGAGUCCAUUACGUCACCAGCAGACCUCAGCAAAUCGAUGGCACUCUCUGAUGCCGGUGUCGCUUUCCACUCUAGGACUGCAAAACCAUCUUUUGGUACGGAGGUCAAGGAGAGGAGGACGACCUCAAAGGAGAUCUCUGUCAUCCAGCACACAAGCUCCUUUGAGAAGUCGGAUUCUAUCGAACAACUGAGCAGCUUGGAAGGAGAGGAAAAGCUGCCGUUGCCAUACACUUCUCAGUCAGCUGCACAGCACAGCCGGCCGACUCAUUCCCUGCAGCCAAAGCUUGUGCGUCAACCCAACAUCCAAGUCCCUGAGAUCCUGGUCACAGAAGAGCCUGACAGGCCAGAGAUGGAGCCUGAACCUCCCCCUAAAGAGCCGGAGAAGACGGAGGAGUUUCAGUGGCCACAGAGAAGCCAGUCUCUCUCCCAGCUUCCCGCAGAGAAGCUGCCACCCAAAAAGAAGAGGCUGAGGCUUGCAGAAAUGGCUCAGUCUUCUGGAGAAUCCAGCUUUGAGUCAGUGAGGAGCCCCAGUCAGGAGAGCAGCAUCUCCCAUGCCUCCAGCCGCUCAACGUCAUUUGAACGUGAGGAAGCUGCUUCCCAGUCCUCUGAAUCCCACAUAAAACCUAUUGGGCUCGGCCCACACAUGCUAACAGUACCAGGCCACCACCACCCUCACCACCCUACCCGAGAAAUGCGGAGGUCCGUCUCCGAGCAGACGCCCAACGUCUCUCCCUCCUCUCCAAUGUCGGAGACCCGCAGCAAAUCGUUUGACUAUGGGAGCUUAUCCUCCUCCUCUCCCACUUCCCUGCCCCGACCACCAACAACACCAGCACCACAGGAGAGGAGGAAAUGUUUCCUGGUAAGGCAGGCAUCUCUUGCUGGGCACACAGAGCACGAGCCAGACUCUGGCUCCAAAGGAGGCACAGAAGCGGAAGAGCUGCUGCAGUCCACAAGCAAAUCUUCAGCUGCAAGUUUGCCCCAGCAGCAACCACCACCCUCUUCCUCCUCCUCUUCUCAAAGAGGCUACCCAGCUGACAAGGGUGAGCCAAAAGACUGCCCUGAGCGCACGUAUACCCACCCCUACACCGAAGCUCUGCAGGUGUUUCACCACCCAUCGGCGCAAUUGACGCUCCAUGAGAAACAGUACAUGACCCCGCAGAUUUCUCUCCUGCCAUUCCAACAUCUUUUGCCACCAUCGGGACAGACAGUGGAGCUCUUCUCCAGCCAGACAAUGACUGACCUCUUUUCCGCUCAGUAUUCCAUCCCGCAAAUACCGCACUCCAUCUUUGAGAAUGCAGCCAUCCCGCUGCAAGAUGCUUUGCUGCACCCAGGCCAGCUUCACAUUGCCCCUCCGCUGCUGUCCCACCCAGGGGACGUGGCACUCAGGCAGAGCCCGUCCCUUGUCCCUGUGCACUACCCAGGCUCCCCGCCACUCCAUUCUGCCUUUUUUCUGCCCCUCCAGUCCCAGCUUGCUCUCCAGUUGCCAAGUGACAUUGGUGCCCAUUUGCCCCAGCUCAAAUCCAGGCUCUCUCCGCCCACCGGAGGUCCCAUCUUCUCCCCAUUUGCAGACUACAGCUCCAAGAGCAGGCUGCAUAUUUUGGCCCGGCCUAGCAGCCCCUCUGCAUCUGUCUCCAUCUCUCAGUUGGUGGUGCCUGCACGAUCUGAGCCUGUCGUGUCCCUAGUGGUCCCGGUUCGCAUUCAGACGAACAUGCCCUCCUACGGAAGCGCAAUGUAUACAACCCUUUCUCAGAUCCUGGUCACUCAGUCGCAUUGCAGCGCCUCUUCUAUCAUCCUGCCCAGAUUCGAUGAGUACGAGGCCAAGGGUACCUUGGUUUGCACCGCUAAUGUUCACGGAAUCGACCUUGAUCUGGCACAGAUGAUCACCGAAGAGCAGAAGAGCAUCUUCCAGACACCCUACCUAAGGCUGCCAUUGUCACUCUCGGAAAAGAAAGGCUACAUUCCUCUUGGCUCACCAUCUGAAAGCCUGUUGGAUCUUGAAGGUAGCCCGUCGACUGUCGGAGGAAGCAAGCGGAUGCUGUCUCCAGCCGGAAGCUUGGAACUCACUAUGGAAACCCAGCAGCAGAAAAGGGUGAAGGAGGAAGAGUUCUCUGAGAUGGAGGAGAAGUCGGAAGCAGCGGUGGCCCCCUGUGCAACAGAGGAAGGGAAGAAGCACAACCAAAGGAGAGUCAAGUCAGAAAUGCCCCCGGACGUAUCGCCUGAGCAGUCUGAGUUGGAAGAAGUCCAGGGGACUUUAUGGCCAGCCUCUCCACAGCAUGAGGCCUUGAGCUCUGAGGGGCGAGAGGAAUCUAAGCAUCCAGCUGGCAAGCAGUUGCAAAGCAAGGAAUCCCCGGAGAUGGUGAAGAAGGAAGAUUGCAAAGAGUCCAUGGAGCCACCUGCAACAACCUCCCCAAGUUCAGCUCUUCGUUCUGAGGCUGCCCAAAGUUCAAAGAAGUCCCAAGAGGGGUCAGAUGUCAAGAAGGUAUUUCAGUUCCCCAGUCUCCAUACAACUACUAAUGUCAGUUGGUGCUAUUUAAAUUACACAAAGCCAAAUCACAUCCAGCAAGUUGACCGAAGGUCCUCGGUGUAUGCCGGCUGGUGCGUUAGUUUGUAUAAUCCCAACCUCCCCGGUGUGUCCACCAAAGCAGCCCUUUCGCUCCUGCGCUCCAAGCAAAAGGUGAGCAAAGAAACCUACACCAUGUCUGCUGCUCCACGUCCAGAGGCAGGGAGGCUUGUGCCCUCAAGCGCCGGGAACCCCAAAAUGUCGGAGGUUCACCUGCCUUCGCUCCUUCCCAACGAAGGUCGAAAGGACGAAAUGAGAACUGAGAAGGAAGAGGAGAAAAGAGGAAAACCAGAAGACGACAUUCCCAUAUCCAAACGAGGGGAGCCAGCCCGGAUCAAGAUCUUUGAAGGAGGGUACAAAUCAAACGAAGAGUAUGUGUAUGUGCGAGGCCGUGGACGAGGGAAGUAUGUAUGUGAGGAGUGUGGAAUUCGCUGCAAGAAGCCCAGCAUGCUGAAGAAACACAUUCGCACGCACACAGACGUCAGGCCAUAUGUCUGCAAGUACUGUAACUUUGCUUUUAAAACCAAAGGGAAUCUGACUAAACAUAUGAAGUCAAAAGCCCACAGCAAAAAAUGUCAGGAGAUGGGUGUGUUGGUGUCUUCGCUGGUGGAGCAAGAAGCAGAUGAAGGAACCAGUGAAGAUCUCUUCCAAGAUUCAGAAGGGCAGGAGGGAUCUGAGCCACUUGAAGAACACCAGUUUUCAGACUUGGGAGAAUCUGACGAUGACAAUGAUGAUGAGGAAGAGGAGGAGGAAGAAGAGGAAGAUGAGGAGGAAAGCCAAGAGGAGCCACCAGUGAAGCUUUCAGAAAUGAAGAACAUCUCCCUCCCAGGACAUUCUCCAAGAGGUUCUCAGUCCACCCAGGAGAAAGGCACCAGGACAGCAUUGUCCAUCUUGGAAGAUAUUGUCUCCACUAGCAAGCGUGCUGUUCAGCGUCACCAGACCACCUCCUCGGGGCCAGAAACGAAAUGGUCGGCUGACAGUACUGAAGUUGCCGUCUGCCACAGCUUCUUGAGACUCCACCGGCCGGUUUUGACCUCCAGUGGACCCAUGGCUUCUGCUGAGAAGGAACCCGUUACAAAGCCACAGAUGCUCUUAGCGAUGGACUUGUCAAUCUCCAAAGACACCUCUCGUAGGAGGAAGGGGUCUCCAAGCAAGGACUCUGGCUUUGGCAGUGGUGGCAACAACAACCGUUCCAUGUUGGCUAGGAAGCACCUGUUAACCAAAAAUGAAAUGUCUCCGAAAAGGUUUUCGACAGCAGGAGAAACACCUUCUCUGAGGAGCUUCUCUCCAGCGAGGGGGAGGUCUUCUAGUCACCGAAUGUCUCCGAGGAGAGAGGCGUUUCCCCUCCGCAGUCUGUCACCGAGACUCGAGCUCUCGCCCAGCAGGUACAUAUCUCCAAAAAGAGAGCUGUCGUCGCGAAUGUACCUCCCGCCAGAGAGAGGCGUGUCUCCUGUGAGACAUUUGUCUUUGAGCAGGGAUGUCUCUUCAGCCAGAUUCUUUUCCCUGAAGAAGAUGUUGUCCCAGAGCUAUUCAGAGCCGCCUUCGAGGUACCCAUCCCCAGGAAGAGAGGACUUGCCUUCUCAUGGCCAGUCGGCAGCGGAUGAAAAAGUUCAACGCCUGGGUAAAACUCUGCAUGGGAUCUCGUCUUCAGUGCCUCUACCUCACAGGUCCCUCGGCAAGAAUACAGGACUGUAUGAAGAACCUAAACUGAAGACAGAAUCCAGGAGCCCAGCGAGUUCACCGGGCGUCACUCAGCAUCACUGCGUCAGGCCUUUGCAAUCGCCCCACGACACACACGCCCAUGCCCCAAGCCGGGUGGAAGACUACAUCUUUAGCCACCUCCCAUUGCACUCCCAGCAGCUACCCCGGAGCCCCUUCCCCAUGAUCCCAAUCGGGGGCAUCCAGAUGGUCCAGGCAAGGCCUAGCGGCCAUCCCAGCUUGGGGCAUGGAUCAGUGAUGUCGCUGCAAGCCAGCUACUUCGCCCCCAGCGGUGACACCUCUGAAUCGAGCCAAGCGAAAGAUCCCGGCAAAGUGGCCCGAGGCACCCGAGAAGCUCGCUCCUCAUCAGCAACCCCACCGCUUCAUAGCAGCAGCUGCUUGCAAGGGACAACAAGGACUAGCGAGCCUCAGCAGAAGCCGGCCGAGGAGGAACACAGGGUGAAUGCAAGCACCAAACCCGAUGGCCCGGAGUGGGGAAGCCGUAGGCCCAGCAGAGACGGUUCCUGCCCGGAGGAUGAGCCCUCACUGCAGCCUUCGGCCAGCAGGGAAGGCAUCCCGUGGGAGAAGGGGAAGAAACCACGUAGCAGCUCAAGCACCUCCUUGGAACCCCCCUGCACUUUGAUCUCGGACUUCCCCACCCAGACACUGGACAGGAGCAGCAGCGCUGGCUGCCUGCUGGAGCCCUUGUCUUCGAGCCCCUCCUCCUGCCAGCCUCCCACCAGGAGAAGGAACCUCUCUGGGGAGCCAGCUGCUCCCACCACAGGGGUACAGAGGAGGAGGAGGAGGAGCCCACCCUUGGAGCAAGUCAGCUUCAGCCUACUGCAAAGGCAAGUGGAUCACAAUACAGGAAGUGCUUAAGCCCUCCCUCCCAGCUUUUGACCCCGGCUUCCCCGUAAGAUCAACAAACCUUUGUCAGUGUGAUUGGUUUUCGAAUAAUCAUUGCUAAAGGAAAAAAACGAAACGACCCAACGCUCUAGCAUACGACCAAACCCACGGAGACUGUUCCUGGUUCUCUCUCUCUUUCUCUUUCUCUCUUUCUCUCUCUCUCUGUUUCAGUCUGCUAUUAUUUCCAUCGUAAUUGUGUGCCUUUUUCUAGACUUUCUUUCAUUUGCGUGUGUGUGUGUGUUUUGGUUGUUGCUUGAAACGCACCGACAAAUUGAAGCUAUGAAUCUAUUGUUAUUGUUUUAUUUUGUUGGAAAGGGGCUUAUUCUUAGACGGUGUCUCCAUUCCCCACUAUGAGGUCUUGGCUCAAGCACAUGCAGACAUGUGGAAAGAGUUGAGAAGAAUUUCCAAUGGAUGCACUGAAAGGCCUUUUUUAUUUUAUUUUAAGGAAAACAAACACCUCUUCAAAGAGAUUGGCUGAAUUUCUUUCUAGUGGAGGGGGAAAACCACCACCUCUCUCAUGUACAGACAGGUACAACCUGCCCCGCCCCACAACAACCGUACCCCUUAUUUAUUACUUGCUUUAUUUAAUAUGUGGCAAAGUGUUUUAUAAUUAUUCCUUUUAUUAUUUGCAUUACUCUGGUUGCCUCUAAAUGUGCUUUAAGGACAGAUGCGACUGCUUUAAUCUGGAAGAAGAAGAAGAAGAAGAAGAAGAAGAAGAAGAAGAAGAAGAAGAAGAAGAAGAAGAAGAAGAAGAAGAAGAAGAAGAAGAAGAAGAAGAAGAAGAAGAAGAAGAAGGGAGGAAUGUUUACCCUCCGAUUGUAACUGAAACUAGCACUUGUUUUCUAUGGGGAGGCCAUGAUGGUGAUAAAAGGUAAUCUCUCCAAAACAAAGAAAGAAUCUCAGAAUGUGCCUCCCCCAUACAAAUUACCCCCCAAGCACUUUUUUUAAAAAAAGGGACACGCACAUAAGCAAAAGGUCCCUCUACCCCACCCCACAAAGGGAAAUAAAAGAGAGAAAUUGCAAGAAAAUAGGAAUAUAUUGAAUGUAAAAAUAAAAAAUAAUGUUCUGGGAAUGGUAGAUCUUUGCUUUCUGACCACCAUUCUUGCUUUAAUACUGACAUUCCGUGACCUGGCUGCUGCUUUAACUGAUACGCACAAUCUCCAAGGGGUGCCUUUUGCCAGCCGCUAGAAUGGUAGGGGCUUGGCUGUCAUCCCUGUGGAUCCUGCCCUUUGGAAAUCUGCUCUCUGGUUAGAGUUUUUUUUUUUUUUUGCUUUUAAUCCCCCCGCUCCCAAUGAAAGUUUUGGGGGGAGGAAACACCUUCUCUUAUCACACAUUUGGACAUUGUAAGCAAAAAAUAGAAAUGAGUUGCUUACUGAUCUGGACUACAACUCCCAUCAGCCCCAGCCACCAUGGCUAAUGGCCAAGAGUGAUGGGAGUUGGAGUCCAGCAACAUUUGGAGUGCCACAGAUUUCCCACCCAGCCCAGAAAUCAAGGCUGGGUUCAUUCUUGCCUUGAUAUCACCCUGAACCAUAUUUGCAUUCCUAGUUCUGCUACUGGUCCUAGAUGUGCCCUAUGUCUAUCAGAUCAGCCAUGUGUUCAAUUGCAUAGAGCCCACAAAGAAGAAAUUAAGGGUUUUUAUUUUUUCCAUACUGUUAUCUCCGCCCCUCCCCAUUUAAUGGAAUAACUACAAACAUUAGUCUACAUUAUGCAGUAGAUCUUUUAGGCUAUACAUUCCUAUACAAAAAGGUCCCAGUGAAUUCCCAUUGAGCUGUUUGCAUUUCAAAUCAAUAGGUUGCAACAGAUGGUGUUUUAGCAAAGGGGCAGAAGAAUGCAGUGGCUCCAAUGGCUAACCAACCUGGUGUCACUUAUAGAAAGAUCGGGGCCAGAGCCAUAUAGGUCUUUUAAUAGCAUUUAAUAGCAAAUGUUUGCUCUAAUCGAGAGCAAGCUCGCUUAUUUGGGGAAUCCCUUGCUCUGGAUGGAGUCUGUACACACAGUUUUUGAAAUUAACUAGGCGAAAUGAAUCAGUUCCACAAAUAUUUAACCAAUGGACCAGUCCUUUCUGAGAUGUUCCCGUUUAUUAUGUGCAUGCUCCAAACAACAUUGUCCUGAACAAUAUUUUUAUUUUAAGCAGGCAUGGAAAGCCGUGAACUGUUGCCAGUGCAUAGCUGAAUAACAUGGAAUGGAUGGGGGGUUGAGUUGACUAAUCUUUUGCGAUGUAUCAUUUCAUUUUUGUGUUGUAUUGAAUAGUUUUGGUGGAGCUCUUUUGAUUCUCUUUGGUCGAAUUGAUGUUGUGACUGAAAUGAUGUGAAGGUGACCAAACUGACGCUGGAAUUUCCCUGGAAAACUCCGUUCACAGCGGACAGUGUUCUGUUUUGUUUCCCCCUUGGUUUACUUCUGCUUCCAAUACCUCUUUCAGUGCUAAGAUCUGGAAAGAUCUUGCUUACAGAGUCUGCACUGGCGUCCGGUACCUAACCCGAGACUUUAUUGAAGGUCCAAUACAAUCCCCUUUGUCAACAGGUCAUGGGGAUGAACAUCAAUCACCAAGUAUAAGUCUGGCUCCAAUGGAGAUUGGUAACAUGGUUCUGAUACCUUCAAAAGAUUCAGAAUGGCACCCAUCAACUUAAUGGAAUGAGCAAAGCCUGGACCAGAACUUUCGGUGGUCAUUGUUGAAAAGCCGCACCUUGUCCCUGCCAUGACUUUGAAUUCCGGGUGGUUGAUUUCCCCCUCAUUCUCCCCCUCCCUUCCUCUCCUUUAACCAGCUAGUCAUGCAGCUCUUUUAGGACCAAAUGGUUUUCGGUAUUGAGCCUUCACUGGCCAUUUGCUCUUCAAUUAUCCAUUCACGCUCUGGCUUUGUUUUGAGGCUAGAUCAAAUGCAACCUGGUGCUCAGUUUUCAGCCUUUGGAUUGAACUCUGCUUUGGGCGCAUUGGGCAGGAUCUGUUCCGAUGACAUCUGCAAGCAACCCGGAGCUAAUAACAAUAAUAACCUUCUGGGUAUGUUUACCUAUUGCUCUCAAACCUUUCUUAAUCCUCUGUGAGGCAAGCACUGCAAAUGUAAAUAGUGUCAUCUUGGGGGGGGGGGCAUUUGCAUCUGGGGUAGAAAGAGCAGGACAGCACAGGACCCCAAUGCUGUUUGAAUAGGCUGGCAGACAAGACGCCAUGCAAAGCUCUGUAGCUUUGGAUGGCAACAUCCACUGCAGAGGACUCUACUUGAACUCUUCCUUUCAUUUUUCUGGUUGGGAUCUGUGAAGUGCCUAGAUCCUGAGUAUUUAUGCGAGUGUAUCUGCCAGCAGCAACCUUUUGCCCUUCUAUAACAUCACUCCAGCGUUGGCUGGACCUAGAAGAAACCAUGCCACAAUGGGUGGCAGUUGUGAAUGCAGAAAUUGACCUUUUUUUGCCAGGGUAGCUUUUGCAUUUCCAUAGAAAUUGAAGCCACAGUUGGCUGAGGUCUCACACUGCAAAUAAGCUUUGUGAUGCAAGCAAAUGAAUGGAUGCAACAAACUCCUUCCACCCAUCGUUCCCAACCAGCAAGUCUCCUGAAUAUCUCUGGGGCAUUUCCUGGUGGCCUAUCCAACUGCACUGGCUGGCCAGGUGGAGCUGGCUCUCCUUAGGACAAGAUGCUAAACAAACUAAGGGCUCAAACUGCAAGGUGCUGAGCACUCAAGGCAGACCUAGCAAAGCCUUAAGAAUGUGCUUCGCCUCGAGCACUUAACUUGCCCCACUGAAGGUAAAGUUCUGAGCCCAUCACAAAGUCGCUGUGUGGUUCCCCCGGUGGGGUGUUAUAACAGAAGCCUGCAGAGACGGCCAUGUGUCAAAUCUGUUGCUAGACCUGACAGGUCCUGGCAUUCAUUAUUUUGCUGUUGUUGAAAGGUUUAUUUUUCAGAGAUCAGAUUUUAAUCUCUCUUCCCCCCCCCCUCGGCAAACCACCCUUCCCAAAGCUGCAAUCCUAUAUGCACUUUCUUGGGAGUAAAUCUCACCCAGCAUAGUGAUAUUUACUUCAGAGUAAGCGGGUAAAGUAUUGGGCUGCACUUUCCAUAGGUUACUUCUGCAAUUGCUUUCUAUUUUGAUCUAGCUUUCCAUAGUUAAAGAACAAGAAAGAAAAGAAAAACCCUUGUAAAACUUUUUUUUUUUGCAAAUUCUGGGUACUGUUAUUCCUUGGCUUAGUCAGACCUUCCUUAGUUAUUAUUACUGGCUGAGAAAAGACCUCUAUAUUUUGGUUACUUGAGCAUCUCUCCUUUUUUUAUCCCCUUUCAGCCCAAAGAGACAAAGAAAAUUAUUUUGAAAUGUUGAUGGCAUCCGUGAGAGUUGAUUCCUUUAUUUUUUUAUUUUUGGAGCACUUUAUUCCUAGAUUUAUAAUCUGUGAAGGACUUUUCCUUUAUAUUUAAGCACCUUCCUGGUUUUCCAGUGUUCUGAGAAUCAGUAAUUAAUUACUUCUUUCACGAUGUAACCCUAUGCAUGUUUGCUUAGAAGUAAAUUCCACAGUGCUCAUUGGAACUUACUCCCAGGUAAGCAUGCAUAGGAUUAGUAGCAGAAAGCCAUUUGGAGUGUCAGUUUCAGGCCAGAGUUUCAAAACAGUUGGUCACCUACCUAGCAAUCUGGAUUAAACUGAAAUUGACUUCAGAAAGUGGCCCAUCUUGGGUAUAAUAUCACACCACGGUUUGCUCUAACUGCAGCUUAAAGUGCAGUACCAUUCACGGUUGCUCUGAGAGUAUGGGAAUGCAGCCUCAGGCACCACACAUGAUUUGUGUUCCAGAUGUACAGGAAAACAUGGUUUGUGGGAUUGAAAUUUUCCCUUCCCUUUCCCUGAGAAUUCAUAGCCAUUACCCGCCGAACAGCAGGCUCUUGACAAGAGGCCCAAGCUAUGGUUUGUUGAUGAAGAAAUAAAAACAAAGUUUGCCCACCCUCUCAAACAAUACUUUCAGAUCUUAGUGUGGAAGCCAUUAGCAAACCAUUGUUUCUUGGAUGGCAUGGGUUCAGACAUCUUGAAAAACCAUGGUUUGCUGGUAAUUCUGAAUAAUCUCUAUGGGGCAUCCAAGGGAUUUAAAAUCUGCAGGUGUUGAAUAGUCCACUAGCCAGUACAGUUAAAGCCAUUGUGUGUAAGCCAAAUGAAUCCCUUGGCUAUGGUAUCCACAAGGCUCUGAUAAAUGCCUUGCAUAGGCAAACUCGGCCCUCCAGAUGUUUUGAGACUACAAUUCCCAUCAUCCCUGACCACUGGUCCUGUUAGCCAGGGAUGAUGGGAGUUGUAGUCCCAAAACAUCUGAAGGGCCGAGUUUGCCUAUGCCUGGCUUGGACUUUCCCAAGGGUAAAUCAUGGCUGCCCCAUUCACUUCAGUGAUGGGCCAAUACUCCAUCCAUCAACCAUUCUAUGUUCUAUCUAUGGCAACUUCUGCUGACCUGUGAUUCCAAGGGCAGUUUUAUGACUCAAUCUAAUUUUAUUUUAGACUGAACCCCCUCCCCCCACCCUUUAUAUUUAAGAUGAUAGUCUUCAAAAAUGAGAAACCUCAAGGAACAUAGAAAGCUGCCUUAUACUAAGUCAAACAGGUCCAUCUAGCUCAGUACUGUCUUCCUAGGGUUUCAGGUGGGGGACAACUCCCAGCCAUACCUGGAAAAGUUGAGGAUUGAAUUUGGGACCUUCAGCAUUCAAAGCAGAUACUUUCCCACUGAGUUAUGGACUUCCCCAAAGAGAGCACAUUUGCUGUUUAUAUUUGUGAUUGGCUCUCAAGACUUUUACAUUAUUAUCAGUGCUAUCUUUCUAGAAAGAGAGGUGCCAGAACUCACCUUGUUCUCUUGUAAUGGCAAUGGUGCCUACCUUGAGAGGUGUCGGAACUGAGUUUUGGCAAGUUCUGGCUGAAGAAAAGCCCUGAAUAAUAAUAAUAUUACAGUCGUACAUUGGAAGUCGAACGGAAUCUGUUCUGGAUGUCCGUUCGACUUCCAAAACAUUUGGAAACCCAAGCACAGUUUCUGAUUGGCUGCAGGAAGCUCCUGCAGCCAAUUGAAAGCCGUGGAAGCCCCGUCGGACAUUCGGGUUCCAAAGAACGUUUGCAAACCGGAAGACUCACUUUGCAGCGUUCGAAAGCCAAAACGUCCAAGAGUACCAAGGCAUUUGGGAUCGGAGGUACAACUGUAAGAAAGGUACAACUGUAAGAAAUAACACAAUAACAGAACCAAAUGGAAAUCCCCACUACAUUUGAGAUGAAAUUGCCCAGAUAUUGUAAAUGAAUCAAAUUUUUUACUGGAAAAGACCGUGACAGGAACCACAAUAUAUCCCAGGAAAAGUGACUCAACCGAUUUGGCCUCUGCACUCUUUUACCUUGAGAGCGACCUUUUCCAUCUCCCUGAUAUGCCCUCACUCAUGGAAGUCAGCCCAGUGAUUCUUCCUAGGUGAGAACCUCUUGUUUUUCUGUGUCUGGCUUUGCCAACUUUGGCCAUCAUUUUUAAAUAAAUAAAAAUAAAAUGGCAAGUCAAUUGGCUUUUAAAAAGCAUUCAAGCAAUAUGUUCUUGAUACCGACAAACCAUUUAUGAGCUAAGCAUGAAGCAUUGUGAUCUACGAUCUCUUCUACAAUCUCUUCCCCCCUCCCCAAUGUUUUCCUCACUUUUAUUCCCAACCCCUAACAUACACUUGAUUUUUAUUGUCUGUGUUCCUUAUGGAUUUUUUGCCCUCCUGUUAUUGCACAGUAUUUGUGAAUUUUAAAAGGUAAAAUGUUUUUAAAUAAAUACCAAAUUUGGGUCCUAACGAUGACAUAAAACAAGUUUUCAUUAUUGAGAUAUUAUGGCACUUACGCUCACUUUAGUAAAUGUAAUGUAAAAUAUUAAUAAUAUUGAUGAUGUGUACGCAAAUUUAAUAUACAUGGUCUCAUGUAAGAUAAAUAUUUGCCUUUUUUCUAAAAGGUGUAUGUAUUCUGUAAGUGGAAUAGUCUUUAGAAAGUUUCUAUAUGUUCUUUAAAAAAAAAUGGCAAUACAUUCCAAAAAAGGUACUGUAAAUAUGUACAGACUCAGAGUACAGUGUAAUUUGGUAGUUUUGCCUGUAAUUUUAUUUUAAAUUCAGUUUCUACACUUGCAUCUUGCAAUGUCUGUAUGGUUAUAAGAGUGCAAAGCAAAAAAAAAUGCAGGUGAAAAGCACAGAACAUAAUGUUAAGAAAAAAAAUAGAAAAAAAAUACUCAGCAUUUGAUGUUUGUGAACUUUAUUGUAAAUGACAUCUGUACUGUGAAUGAAAAGAAAAGUUUUUACACGUAUAUUGCCUUUACUACAGUUCAGAUUGUCUAUUCAGUCUGAGCCUAUUUUUUAAAAAAACAGCACGUUGGAAUAAAUUUUAAAAUCCCAACAUAUCACUAGCAGCCUCUCUGUGGUCAUUUAUUUGCCUGAAUGAUUUAGGGGGUGUUUCCUGGUUUCAGGUAUCUGCAGAAACACUGCAGAGUUUCAUUGGCAUCCAACACACUCAUCCCAUAAGCACAAGGAUUUGCACAAUACCGGUAGAACUUUGCACCCUCUCCAAAUCUAUUACAGUACAGUGGAUUGGAGGGGCAGAACAGAUUUAGGGGCUGCAUGAGAAAAGAAGGAGGGUGGAAGUUUGAUCGCAUACAGGUUGCAGGUCCCACUUCUCAUAAAUUCAUACUUUGUGCUUGUUCCUCAACCCGGAGACCCAUAUUUAUACUUUGCAUGGUGAACUUUUAGGAUUUAUUUCAAGUCCCACCAAUGGGGGUGUGAAGAUCACUUCCCCCCUUGGAUGAAAUGAAUGCUGCUGACUUUCCACAUGGGGGAGCUCUGUGCAUAUUUCAAGUCUGCACAGCCAACAACUCCAAUGAAUUAUCUUUAUCUUCCAGUUCCUCCUUCCAGAAUUCACAGACUUCUCUCUGGAAAGAAAACAGGGAGAGAGGUUUGCAGAUUAUUUUGCUGAAGCUCAGAGCAUCCUG